GAGAAUCGAUAAAUUACAAAAUUCUUUGCUGGUGGUGCAUAAUUUUUUUGGUUAAUUUUCGCUUUAAAUAAAUGAAAUGGAGCAUCAUACAUACGCCAAAAGUGGCUCGAAAACUUGGACCAUAGAGCAGAAACGCAGCCUGGUGACGAAGUGCAUAAAUUCGGAUUAUUUAUUCAAGUCUCCCUCGCUGCGGAGCGAUCGGGCCUGGAAGACUUUUAAGGAAACGGCCCAGAUAGGUGAUUUUAACGAGAAUGAAUUGCGCCAGCAAUGGCAGGCCCUUGUGCAUGACUAUCGCGUGGAGAAGAAGGGCAUCAGUACGCCAAUCAACAGUCAGAUCAUCGCAUCACUCAACAAGAAGUGGGAGUUUUUUGGUGAGAUGCAUAAAUUCAUGAUGAAGAAGAAUGACCAUCAUUCGUAUGCGCAGAAUGCGGAGAAUGAUCAGAAAGCGCAGUCGAAAAUCGUUCCUCAAAAUCCUAAAACACCGAAAAAGGUGGUGGAAGUCAGCCCAUUUGAUUUUUAUCCUAAGACGGUGUCACCAAAUAAACAGGAGCGUAAACAGGACAACUCCAAGGACGAUGAGGGCGUGAAGGGUUUUGUGACCCCAACAAAGAUUUAUACGGAGAACGAUGGAGAAGUAAACCAGGACGAUAUUCCGGCUCCUUCAUUUCCAGGAUGGGACGGAACGAAACUCCGGCAGCCACAAUCAACAGAAUACAAUAAUGCAGAAAAUUUAUCGGACGACUGCGCGGUGGAGGUCGUCUUCCCACCUGAACUUUAUCCAAAACCCCCGAAAAAGGUGGUGGAGGUCGUACCAUUUGUUCCUAAUCCUAAGACACCGACAAAGGUGCCGAACAUUAAUACCGAGAACGAUGGAGAAGUAAACCAGGACGAUACUCCGACUCCACCAGAGUUGGAGAGAAUGCAACUCUCGCAAUCUGUCGAAAACAACAACCAAAACAACUCAUGCUCUGUACAGCCCAAAGAUAGUAAAUCUCGCAAGCGUCCGGCUGGAAAGGAACUCAGCGAGAGGGAUAAGUACUACAGACAUCGCCGUCGCUACAAUCGGAGUAAGGAGAAGCUUGUGAAGGCAUUGGGCCAGGCUGUGAUUGUCAUUUUGAGGGAAGUCGCUCAACGUUUGGGUGCUCAGACGGAGAUGCAGGAUCUAGAAGAGCUAUUUGCAAGCGACUCGGAGCCAUCGCCGAUUGACAGUUGUUAUGAUGAGGACUCUGAUCAAGACUAAAAAAAUACAGAUAUAGGGUACAUGGUUGGGUAGUCUAUAAGUAAGGAAGGAUAGGAGCCCAAGGCAGAUCCAAAGAACAUGCCACUGAAAGAGGGUCCAGGUUUUUGUUAUUCCCUUAUAUUCUGUUUGUAUUUUUCUGUGUUAGUUCGCAGAUGUUGCUCCCCGCAAAGGAGUGGGUGGAAAAGACUUAUACAAAAGGCAAAGACUUUGUCUCAUAAUAACUAAGAACGAUAUCGAAAUUUAAAAGCAUUCUAAUAGGAAAAGAAAAAUACAUACACUCUGUAUCUAUCAGUGCUGUUGAUUAGGGGGCGGCGAUUCGUUAAGAAAACGAAAUGAAACUCAAGGAAUAGAUUUAAUGUUACAAGAAAGAAGGAACAGAAAAUGUAGAACGAAAGAAAAUAAAUACAGAAUGCUGAAUGCAUAAUAAACAA